AUGGAUGAAAAUGAAUACGUGAUAAAGCUUUGGAAAACAAUCAAGGUUGAAGAGAGAAAAAUUCAAGUUCGUAAAUUUAUUCGAUUUGCAAAUGUGAUGUUUGACAUUAAUUUAAAGGCGAAGAAUGAAAAUAAAGGGUACGUAACAGUAUGCGUAAUAAUUUUGUGUAGUUGGCAUCAUGGCACGGAAAAUAAGUUCUCGCACAAUUGUUACGAAAUCAUACCAAAAAUUGGUGUGGGCGGUGCGUCUUACUCUGAGAGCGAUUCAUUUCGUUCUAGGGGUAGGUCUAAAUCAGCGUUGGUUAAGGACGUGAAUCAUCCUGAAAAGUGUAUCUUCAUUGUUGGGUUACAUUCGUAA